UGUUGUUUUGUUUUUUUCUUUGGUGGGACGGAACUUCCGCCCUUGCCUAAGACAAGUUCCGGUUCUUCCCGGACAUUGGUGGGUUUAAACUGUUCGGGUUCGAACUCCGACAGAGAUGAUAAUGAAUCCGUUUAACAUUAACGUAAAUGAACCUGUAGAGUCGUGACGAUUUUACAGGACUUGUAGAAUUAUGUUUUUACGUCUGUAGGUUAAAAUGUUUGGGAAUUUUUAGUAAGGACGUUAAAUUCUGCGACACUGAAAACGUGUUGCACUUUACUCUUCCUGUUAUGUUUUUCAGAAGGACUUAUGAAAGGAUUACAGCACUUCGUAUUGAGCUCUUACAAAAAGUUUGGAGUUCUGCCCAUGCGUGACAUCACAGCCUGUUUUCUAAUAAAUGAUUAAAGUUAUCAUAAACAUGGGCAUACGUCAGUCUGAUGACUGCGUCCUGUCCUUGUGUUUUCGGGUCAACAACCAAUAUGCUACUGUGGGAAAACAAUGAUUUUAUAGGGACACCUCUCUCACCUGUGCUGGCAUUAGUCAUCAUUGUUGUUUUUGUCUUCCUCCUCUUUUUCCUCUUUAGGAUAUUCUCUUUCAUUAAUCACCCUGGCUUUCUUCAUUCUGUCUCUUUUUCUGUAAAAAAAUAAGUUUGCACACAGCACACAUGCUCAAUGUCUUCUCUGUUUUGGUGUAGCAGCAUUACAGCGCCACAUACAGACCUGGCAUAUGUACUACAGCAUUUUGGAACAUUCAUUUGACCUAUGCCCUAUUUGUGACCACAGACAGGGUGGGGCUUAUGCCCAAUACUGCAGAGAGCCACCAGGAGGUGUAAUUUAACUCUCAUACCUUUGUCUUCUGUUGUUAGCUGUAGGCAACGGGAAUUGCUCGAGGUUGAUUGGACUUGAACUGGACUUGAACUGGACUUGCUUGAGUUGGACUGUCUUGAACUUGACUUGUUUCUCAGUCAUUCAGGCACUGAUACCAUGCAUCGCAACAGCAGCAACAAUCGCACCUUUUCUUACGGCUUACCUGUGGUCAUGUUGUGCCUCGCUGCCUUGCUCUUCAGCAACAUCUUGAUCUACCUGUACCUGGACUCCUUGCAUCAGACUGACCAGCAGAUGGUGUCCUCUGGUGUUGGCUGUGCACCUCGACACUUCAAAAUGGUGACCAUGAAGAACUGCACCCCGUGGCUCCAGUGUCCACAAAUAAGAGCUGAAGUGCGCAAGCUGAAGCUGAUUGGUCAGGGAGCCGUGAAGAAGGUGUUUUUUGCUGAAUGGAGAGCUCAGAAGGUAGCGCUGUCUGAACUGUCCUCCCCGGAUUACGUGGAGGACUUUCUCCACGGUCUGUCAAUGUUACAGGUUCUGCAGGGACGCCUGGUGGUGCAGUUGGUUGGAUUUUGCCUCGAAGACCACACUCUGGUCACAGAGCACCACCCAUAUGGCUCUUUGCUGAACUUGGACGUUGUUCUUGCAGAAGCUAGGAACCAGCAGCAUAACACCUGGCAGACUAGGCUGAGGCUGGCCAUGGACUACGUCUCCAUCCUCCACUACCUCCAUAACAGUCCAGCAGGACGGCGAGUCAUGUGCGACUCCAACAGCCUUGAGAAAACACUCUCCCAGUUCCUGCUCACCACUGACUUCAACCUGGUAGUGAACGAUCUGGACGCGUUACCUGAGGUGGACCAGUCCAGAGGCUCCCUGGUGAAAUGUGGUCAUCGAGAGCUAACUGGAGACUUUGUGGCCCCAGAGCAGCUGUGGCCUCUCAGAAACGAAGAAAAGCCAUUUUCAGACGACCUAAUGCCAGGAUACGACGAGAAGACUGAUAUCUGGAAGAUCCCAGAUGUGACGCAGUUUCUGAUGGGAAGGGUUCCUGGGGGAGAUUUAGUCCACUUCCAUCUUUUCCAGAUCCACGAUGAGUGUAAGAAUGCGGAGCCCAGGCUCCGCCCCUCAGCUCUGGAUGUUUUGAACAUGUACACGUCAGUCUACAGCAGCAUGGUCCGGGAAUCUGCUGGUGUUCGAGAGCUGUAGAACAGUCAUGACGUAGUUCAAACACCAGCUCAACUGCACUCAGUGAUGUCCUACUGGUGUCUAUGUUGAUACAGUGUUUUUUAUAAGUUAAAUACCACAUAAAGUGGCUCAUGGACUGGAUUACCUUGCUAUUUAGCGAGCAUAGUUGUAAUGCUAACAUUAGCAUGACCUUGGACAUUCUGAGGAAACUGGGAGUGACAUAAUUUGCAAAUUAUGACUUCAGGGGCAACUGCUGAGUUUGUGUGAAUGUAAUAAGCUCUUAAUUUAGUUACGUGACAGUGUUCAGAGUGAAAACACAAUCAUUUGUUAUGUUUCUUAAAAAAGAUCUGUUAAUCCAGAUUACAUCUGAGCUGCUGGGCCUCCUGACUUUCUCACUGCACUGUAUGAUGUUCACAGAUUUUCCUGUGCAAUAUAAAAUUAAAGCGCGUGUCUGAAGAGGUGAGCUUCAUUCUGAUUUUUGACACAUGUAAACAAAGCAUUAAACAGAAAAACAAGCCA